AUGACGUCUAUAGUCAUUACGCUCUCUCUGUACGCCACGAUCGGCAUUGUCGCAUCUGCAUCUCGGCAACUCUGGGCUUUUUCCCACGACAGAGCCGUUCCGGGCCGGGAGCACCUCCAGCGUGUCAAUUCCAACCCCGCAAUCCCCGCGCUCGCCGUCUUCUCGACCACGGCACCGGCCUGUGUUCUCGCCCUCAUCGUGCUCGGCUCUUCCACGGCUUUCAACGACAUCGUCUCGCUCUCCGUCGUCGGCCUUUUCGGCUCCUACUUCCUCGUCGCCGUGCUUCUUCUCUGGCGCCGGCUACGCGGCGACAUCAAGCUCGCCCCCAGCUCAGGAGACGGACUCGACAAUGUCCCUGGCAAGGAACUCACGUGGGGCCCUUGGCGUGUUCCUGGUGUUCUUGAUAUAAUGACGAACAGCUUCGCUACCGUCUAUCUCAUCAUCAUCUUUUUCUUUAGCCUGUGGCCGCCCGUGAACCAUCCAACGGCUGCGACGAUGAAUUACAGCAGCCUCAUGUUCGGGGUGCACGCACCUCCCAACUUCUCCGACGUCCGCCGCGGCCACCGAAGGCAUCACGCUACCAUCUCCGCGUGCCGUACCCCGCAGACCCCCGUUGCCGUCUCCAAACGUCUCGCCCGGGGCUCCGGCGUUCGGUCCUUCCAAACGUCCCGCGCAAUCCCCGUGACAAAUCCGUACCCCCGCCCAAGACGGGGCCCGGACGUCGCGACGCCAGGGCCGCCCGCCGGACCAACGUCUAGCGGCGACUUCCUGAUCCGCGGGAUGACGGACGGACCGGGGCAUCCCACGAGCUGGCAGACUCUGCUCGAGCCGGGCGGGCGGGUGGAUGGAUGGAUGGAUGGAUGGAUGGGGGUGUGGCACGGCUGUGCUCGGGUGGGGUUCGCGGACGGAGAGGGUCUGCGGAGGAGAGGGGAAGGGGACGAAGAUUGUGCGGGGAGGGGGUGUGUUGGCUGGGGCGGGAUCUGGAUUGCCGGGUUGAAUGCGCGGGAAUACCUGGUGGGCGGUUGA